AUGUCUUUCAAGCUGACCACUUUCGUUCUCGCUGUCGCCCUGGCCUUUGUGCAGGUCAACGCAGAAUCGCACACCGUCACGUUCAACAACAAGUGUGGCUAUGGCACGCCUUACCUGAGAGCGUCGAACGGCGCCGUCUUGUCCACGGGCGGUAGCUACACUUCAAACGGCGCUCUCGAAGGCUCUUGCGGAAACAACGGCGAAGGGUGCACGCUCGUCGAGACGACGCUCCAGAACGGCUACAGCAGCUCGGACAUCUCGCUCAUCUCGCCCCACUCGUUCUCCGUCAGCAGCGGUUUCGGCUACUUCGACGGCUGCUCUGGCGCCGGCGCCGACUGCACGUCUGCGGACUGCUCUGAUGCCUUCCACAGCUCCGACCAGACUUGGGUGCAGGUGGGGUGCUCUGCCGCCAACGUUGGCCUCGCCAUCACCUUCUGCGACUAG